UUGAAGAAGGAAAAUAACGAAGAAGAAAAGAGUUGAAUGAGUGUAAAUACAAUGAAUGGAAAAAAGAUUGAGGUGGGAUGUAAUUAAAAAAAAAAAAGUUUAUAUUUUAAAAUUGGGUGUUAUUUAAUAUAUGUACGUGAAAAGUAUUUUUGAGUGUAAAUAGAAUAUCGCAAAAGGUAAUAAUGGUUGAGGACUCUAAGAUCGAGAAUCUGACCUGUGUCUGUUGUCUCUAUGCAACCAUAUUUGUCCCCUUCCUCAGCUCCAUUCGUCUUUAAUCCUUUCUUUCUCUUUCUUCUUGUUCUGUGCUGUAGGCCAUUUUACGAAAAAGAGAAAAAGAAAAAAGAGAAGCCCAAACCCGUGAAAUUUACCCAGCUUGAGCCUCGAAGUAGCCAUAUUUCUAGUCUCAAAGUUUCUGCAUUUUGCUAACUCUUUCUUUUUCGUAAGCAAAUAGUACUGGUUUUUGUUGAGAGUGGUGGAUAAAAGGCAGCCGAACAAACCCUAGAAACCUUCAAGUCCAUUGUUUUUAAUCAUUUGAUUGAACCCAAAGAAGCAAAGAGGAAAAAAACCCAUCUUUUAUUGGUUUCACAUCUUGGCUCCCUUAUUGUAUUUUCUGUCUAAAACCCAAAACCCUUAGUAAAGAAAAGAACCCAGCUUUGAGUACCAAAGCAAAGCUCUUUUCUUUACAUUCUUCCACCACUCUUUUCCCCCUGCUUUUAACUGUAGAGGAACAAGCAACAACAGGAACCUAUCAAUGCUAAACCGAAAACCCACUUUUUUCUUCUUCUACAAAGCCACUUGCUUCAUGAUUUUCAUCAAUGUAGCUUUGGUAACGGCCAAAUCAACAAUCGAGCCCUGUUCAAACUCUGAUUCCUGCAGCGCCUUGCUGGGAUACACUCUCUACACAGACCUGAAAGUGGCUGAGGUUGCUUCCCUCUUCCAGGUUGACCCCAUUUCGGUCCUCACUGCCAACGCCAUCGAUAUCUCUUACCCCGAUGUCGAAAACCACAUCCUUCCUCCUCAGCUCUUCCUCAAGAUCCCCAUCCUCUGUUCCUGUGUUGAUGGUAUUCGAAAAUCCGUUUCCAUUCACUACAAAACUCGCCCUCAGGACACGCUUUCGUCGAUUGCUGAUUCCAUUUAUGCUGGUUUGGUAUCAGCUGAUCAGAUUAGGGAGGCUAACUCGAUUGCUGAUCCUUCUGUUCUUGAUGUGGGAGAGAACCUUGUGGUUCCUUUGCCGUGUACUUGUUUUAACGGGACUGAUAAUGGACUGCCGGCUAUUUAUCUAUCGUAUGUGGUGAAGGCAGUGGAUACGUUAGCUGGAAUUGCAGCGAGUUAUUCAACUACGAUCACUGAUUUGAUGAAUGUUAACGCUAUGGGGAGUACUUCUAUUAAGGCUGGUGAUAUUCUAGCUGUUCCUUUAUCAGCUUGUGCUUCGAAUUUUCCUAUAUAUGCCUCAGAUCGUGGAUUGAUCGUACCCAAUGGGAGCUAUGCUAUUACUGCUAGCCACUGUGUUCAGUGCAGCUGUGGGCCUGGCAGUCACAAUUUGUACUGCAUGCCUGCUUCUUUAGCUGUUUCUUGUUCAAGCAUGCAAUGUAAAAGCAGCAAUCUUAUGCUAGGGAACGUUACAGUGCAGCAAAGUAGUGCUGGAUGCAAUGUUACUUCUUGUGCUUAUGCUGGUUAUGCGAAUGGCACCAUUAUUACUUCGUUGUCAUCCUCUCUUCAACCCAGAUGUCCAGGACCGCAGCAAUUUCCUCCCCUUGUAGCACCUCCUACUCAUGUAACACGGGAUUCAGUUUUUGCCCCAGCACCUGCACCCCAGUCAAAUGGUGCCACAACAACUGUGCCCAAGACUUCAUUCCCAUCUACUGGGUCACUUCCUGGACUUCCCCCGGCAGGUGCCCCUAUUGGAAGUUUAUCUGAUGCUUCCACAUUGGUGAAUUCGGUGGCUGCUCUUCCUACUGCACUUGUGAUAUACUUUCUUAUCAAAUAUUCAAAUUAAUCUCAACCUUCUCAUUGUAAUUUUGCUUGUAAGUUUUGGUGGGAUUUUGUUUUGUAAGGUUGCUUAGUUUUUGACCUGUCCCACUUGUCUGUUGUAUGUAACUUUAUUCAUCAUGACUGCAUUACGAUGUUGCGAUGGGCUGUCAAAUUGCAAUAGUAAGUUAAUUUACUUGAUUUCUAAUCGUACAGUGCAAUUCAUGGGCAGUUGCCUUUCUGUUUAUUAAAUUUUCUUAGCUUUGUGAAGUUACUUGGAUCGCUGCAUUGUCUUUGCAGGACUGGUAAGAUUUUUAUUGCCUUGUGUGUCCAUGUUUCAUGAUUUUGUUUUUUACUUUGUGGAUAUUAUAAAAGGGAAUCAUUAUUGAUUUUGGAUUGUUGGGUGGAUAUAAAUUUGUAAGAGUUGUCUUUGAGGCAUGUGAAAUGAAUAAUGUGUUGGCAGAAUGUUGCAAUAUUGGUGUAUAUAAGUUGACUCUGUGUUUUCAGUACGGUAAUAUUUUUAUAAUCUGGUGUUACACAUCUGCUACUUUGGUUUUGAGGCCUUUUUUAAUGUUAGAAACCAGUUAACACUGGAAGUUCUG